AUGCCGAAGGAGAAGACCACCACCCGCAACUCCAAGAAGGCCGGCGGCAAGGCUGACGGCGGCAAGAAGCAGAAGGGCAAGUUCCUCAUCACCCUCCCUCACGCACGCGACGCGACGCGUCUCCGACGCUGACUGACUGACCUCAUCUAGACCCAAACAUGCCAAAGCGCGGUCUCUCUGCCUACAUGUUCUUCGCCAACGAGCAGCGCGACAAGGUUCGCGACGACAACCCGGGCAUCAAGUUCGGUAAGCUGCUCCGACUACUUGCUGUCGCGCGCCGUCACUGACAUGAUUUGCGCAGGUGAGGUCGGCAAGAUCCUCGGUGAGAAGUGGAAGGCCCUCGGCGAGAAGCAGAAGGCCCCCUACCAGGCCAAGGCUGCUGCCGACAAGAAGCGCUACGAGGAGGAGAAGGCUGCCUACACUCAGGUGAGUGCCAAUUGUCUCCGGCUCGUCAUGGAUCUCCACUGACCACUCCCCAGGGCGUCGCCGCCGACGAUGACGAGGACGAGGAGUAGGCGCCCGCCUCUCUUCUCUUCUCUCAUCUCGACCACUUGCCUUUUCACACUGACCCGGCUUCUCUGCUGGCCAGUCUUUUCAGAUCAUGUUUGGCAGGCUUCGGGUUAGUGGGAUCUCCUUGAUGGGAUUGCGUCGACACGACAGCCGCGAACAGCGUCUCUUUGCUCAAUGGAUGGGAAUGAUGAUACCAGGGGUUUACGUACGGUGCGACAACUGAUGACCCCAGCGGCGACGAGUGUGUACUAUAGCGCGAGCAAACAACAAGGACGGAUUUGAUCGCAGUUCUCUGUGCCUUCCAUUGCUUGUUCCUUCUCUCUCUUUCCUGUUCCUGGCUGACUCCAGUCGCGUGACGUGACGCCGCUGGGCUUACAUGUUCCUGCCGUUGCCGGUCUUUCCGUCCCUAAGGUUCUCUCUGCAGCGUUGAGCGGUGAGCGGUGAGCGGCGACCGGCAAGCGGCUCCUGUCGAACUCCUCUCACCCGUUCUCGGCAGGGCGACUCGGAUAGAGAUGUAUGAUCUACAAUUCGCUCGAGCACACGGCCACGCAGGUACCGGCGGCGAACUGCUGGUCUUUGAUCCCCUGAUCCCGACAUCUAAAUCCUUCCGCAUGCGUGAACAACCGACUGUAGUACUACUGCAUCACGAAGCGCCUGCUGGCAUCACGGAGCGAAGAAAAGAGAGGAACAUGAGGAAGCAUUGGGACGCGCUUCUCGAAUAGCCGCUGACCUCACUCACAAGCUCAUGCCCUGCUGAAACGGCUUACCAAAAUUGGAACUCCAUCCGCCAUGUGUCUUGGAAGUUAAAUCGCUCGUACGCGUGUCCACGGCCUCGGUCCCGCUGUGUGCGGGUGUGAUGAACCCUGAACAUCAUCAUUGUGCUUUGAGAGGCGUCACAAGAAGUUUCCUACUCACGUCACGCUACCCUCGACAAUGUGAUGCAUCAUGUGACGGACUGCUGCGUGGUACCUUGUGAACAGAUUUGAUACUGUGGGGAGAGCUCACUCCGGGGAACGCGUGCCUAGGCGUGGUGCCAUUCAUCCUCCUCCUCCUCUCAACCGACCUGGAGACCAAGAGACUUCUCGUAUUUGGCUUUGAAGCCUAUCGUCAUUCGUUUUUUUUUUCUUCCCUUGGGGGAUCGGAGACAAAGCGACGAGUGAUUCACAACCGCACACACACCUUGCGACACAUUUCCUCUUCGUGCCUCGUGUUUCGCGCAUUUCCUUGUCCAUUCUUCUUCUCUUCUCAUCGGCAACGGAAUUGACCGGAACUGUCGUUACGGCCUUUUCUGAUCAACACUAGACUCUCCAAGGGCGUGCCUCUUGAGUGGAUCUUCUCCCAGUUCCUGGUGUCGAAAGGCAAGAUAGCGACUGGGACCGGAGCACGCCGACACCAUGUCUCGAGCGCUGUCUGCGCGAGCCGAUUCGGCUUCUAAUCAGUUCUUGAAAGAGAUCUCGGAUCCCUUUUCUUCCCAGGCAAGUGGCCAUCUCCAAUCCUCAUCCCUCUUCUGGCACUCGUAGCUGACACACGUGAACAGCUCGCGACCGAUGCGACCGUCUCCUCCCUCGCUUUCUCGCUUGUCCUCGCGACACUGAUCGCCCUCCUCUUCUGUUUCCUCCGCCCGUUCAACAGCCUCGUCUACGCUCCGCGAGCCAAAUACGCCGACAGCAGGCAUGCCCCUCCGCCCGUCAACAAGGGCCUCUUUGGCUGGAUACCGCCCCUCAUCCGUACGAAGGAGCAGGAUCUGGUAGAACGUGUUGGACUCGACGCGGCCAUCUUUAUGAGAGUCUGCCGUAUGAUGAGGAACAUCUUCACCGUCUUGACAAUCAUUGGAUGCGGAAUUGUCAUUCCUGUCAAUCUCAUCGGCUCGAGCAAGCAGGAUUAUGCCAAGGGCAUCAGCAUAUUCGGGAGACUGCAGCCGCAGUACAUGUACGGUAGUUCGGGAUUCUGGGCCUAUGUUUUUGUGGCAUAUCUCUUUGAUGCGGUGAUUUGCUUCUAUCUCUGGCUGAAUUACCGCCAUGUGUCGAGGCUGCGGAGGGCGUAUUUCGAGAGCCCGGAGUACCAGAGGAGCCUGCAUGCGAGGACUUUGCUGGUCACGGAUAUCCCGCAAGAGCUGAGAUCUGAUGAGGGCAUUGCGAGGAUCACGGACGAGGUCAAGGCUACACAUGACAUGCCGAGGACCGCGAUUGCGAGGAACGUGAAGGAUCUCCCAGAAUUGGUUGAAGAGCAUGAGGAAACGGUCAAGCAGCUGGAGGAGCAUUUGGCCAAGUACUUGAAGAAUCCGGAUCGACUACCUCCGAAGCGGCCGACUUGUAAGCCGCACAAGAAGGAUAAGGCGUAUGGAAGCUAUCCCAAGGGGCAGCAGGUGGAUGCUAUCGAGUACUUGACCGGCCGGAUCCGAGAGCUCGAGCGUGAAAUUGGCGAGGUGCGCCAGACGGUGGACAAGCGAAAUGCGAUGCCCUAUGGUUUCGCUAGCUACGAAAACAUACCAGUCGCACACGGCGUGGCGUACGCAGCCAGGAAGAAAGCACCUCAGGGCACGAUCAUCCGUCUUGCCCCCAGGCCGAACGACUUGGUCUGGAAGAACCUCAAAAUGUCCAAGAGGCAGCGAAGCCGUCAGAACUUCCUGAACGGCAUGUGGAUCACGAUAUUGACGGGUCUCUGGGUCGUGCCCAACGUCUUGAUUGCGGUCUUCUUAUCCAACUUGUCCAACCUGGGCGCUCUCUGGCCGACUUUCCAGACUAGCUUGAACGCGCAUCGGACUUGGUGGGCUGUUGUGCAGGGUGUGGUUUCCCCGGCCAUCACGACUGCCUUUUACUUUUACCUGCCCUCGAUUUUCCGGAGACUCUGCAUGAAUGCCGGAGAUAUCAGCAAGACGAGCAGAGAGCGACAUGUGGCUCGGAGUCUUUACAACUUCUUCACUUUUAACAAUCUGGUUGUCUUCUCGCUGUUCUCGGCUGUAUUCAAGCUGAUCAUUACCCUGAUCAACGGGGCAAGCUAUACCGAGGCCCAGCCCUUGAACGUCCUCAUGGUCGGUCUGUGCCAGGUCUCGACGUACUGGAUCUCAUGGCUGUUGCAGCGUAACCUGGGUGCGGCCGUGGAUCUCAGUCAGAUGUGGACGCUUGUCUGGGGCUCAUUCUCGAGACGCUUCCUCUCGCCGACGCCGAGACGUCUGAUCGAGCUUUCCGCUCCGCAACCGUUUGACUACGCCAGUUACUACAACUACUUUCUGUUCUACGCGACGGUCACGGUGUGCUUUGCUACCAUCCAGCCUCUGGUCCUUCCGGUCACGGCUCUCUACUUCUGGAUGGACAGCUUCAUGAAGAAGUAUCUGCUUCUCUACGUCUUCAUCACCAAAUACGAAUCGGGCGGUAUGUUUUGGCGCUCGGUGUUCAACCGGAUCGUCUUCUUGGCCAUUUUCGGAAACGUCGUGAUUGCGUUGGUGAUUGCUGCUUCGGGCCAAAUUGACUGGCAGUGGGAGAAAUUGGCGUCGCUGGUUCCCUUGCCAUUCCUCUGUCUGGGCUUCAAGUGGUAUUGCAAGCGUACGUUUGAUGACGAGAUCCAUUACUACCAGAAGGGCAAAGGUAUGCUCGAUUCCGAAUCUCAGCCUGGUGGUGCCGAUGGUAAGAAACGCAAGGGCGACAAAGUGGGCGUGAAGUUCGGCCAUCCUGUGCUCUACCGGCCACUUAUCACGCCUAUGGUAGCUGCCAAGAGUCAGCAUCUACUCAAGGACAUUUACACGGGGCGAACAUCCAUGGAGGAUACUUCGACGGUGGCCGGGUACAGCGAUGUCUACAUGGACAGCAUGGACGCACGACACCCAGGCAAGUCCGCCGGCAGUGCCUUCCAAGGCUGGGAAGUCGUCAAUGAAAGCGAAAUGGAUUUCGAACAUUUCAAGAAUCGACCUGAAUUCCGCGACGAGACGGGAGAUCUCAUGCGGCCUGGCACACCCAGCAGUAUCAUGACCGGCGUCACCCGCACCGGCACCGACCGGUCCUCCUCCUACACCGCCGCCCUGCGCAGCGCCAGCGGCUCUCGCGACCCCUACACCCGCAGCCGCAGCGAAUCCCGCGAUUCCGAACGCACAAAGGUGCCCGACGCGGGCGUCGAAUACCCUCGCGGCUACCACCAGACCCCCUCCCACCUCCGCGAGCAAUCGCCCGCCGGCAUGACGGAGGGCUUCGCCGGUCGGCAUCAUCAUCAUCUCGCACGGCAAGAAAGCCGCGACGGGCUCAUGACCACCGCGAUGCCCAUGGGCCACAGCACGCCCGCCGCCGUCACUCCCGGUGGGGCAGGAUACGGACCCGUGCGGUACGGCCAUGUAGCCGGGCAGAUGGAAACUCCCGGCCACGAGGAGAGUGAGGGGGAAGAAUAUACGAGUUAUGAUUACUUUCGACGAGGCAGGACGCAGGGUCGGUAG